AUGGUGAGAUUCGCACAGGGGCGGCGCGGGCACUCUGCCCUGAUGCCGCUGUUUUUCUUCGCGUUCCUUCUGCUCGCCGGUCCCGCAGUCGCUUCAAUCGGCGACCAACUGCCUGAGUUUAGGGAGUGUGUCGAGAUAUGUAAACGUGAAAACUGCGGCCCGGACGCAGAGCACCAGACGCCGAUCCCCCUCUACCGCCGCCUCCUCCUCUGGACCUGCCCGUCCGAAUGCGACUACACCUGCCAACACAUCACGACCGCCGCGCGGCAGUCGUCCACCCCGCCGCUCCCCGUCGUCCAAUUCCACGGCAAAUGGCCCUUCUACCGCCUCUGGGGCAUGCAGGAGCCCGCGAGCGUGCUCUUCUCGCUCGGCAAUCUCGCCGCGCACUACCACGGCCUCCACUACCGCGUCCUGCCGCGCAUCCCGCCAUCGUACACGAUGCGGCCCUUCUACGUCGCGCUCGCCCGGCUGGGCAUGGUCACGUGGCUGCUGAGCGCCGUGUUCCAUACCCGCGACUUCCCCCUGACGGAGCAGCUGGACUAUUUCGCCGCGGGCGCGUCGGUGCUGUAUGGUAUGUACUAUGCCGUGGUGAGGAUCUGGCGGCUGGAUCGGUCCACGCCGGCGGCGGGGAGGGGGCUGAGGAUGUGGACGGCCGUGUGUGCCGGCUUGUAUGUGGCGCACGUCGGGUACCUGAAGUUGUGGCGGUGGGAUUACACGUACAAUACGCUGGCGUGCGUCGUGUGCGGCGUGGUGCAGAACGUGCUGUGGAGCUGGUUCAGCUGGACGAGGUAUGCCAGCACGGGCAAGGCGUGGGCGGCGUGGCCGGGGAUGGUGGUCGCAUGGGUGAUCAUGGCGAUGAGCCUGGAGUUGUUUGAUUUCCCGCCGCUUUUGGGUAGCGUCGAUGCGCAUAGCUUAUGGCAUUUGGGGACGAUCGCGCCGGCGGUGUUGUGGUAUAAGUGA